UGCUGCGUCUCCUGUAACGUCGUGACGUAUUUGAAGGCGGGGCCAGGUUUUAAACGGCGGCUGUGCUGUAGCUAUAGCUGUGGUUGCUGCUUUUACAGACCGCAAAAAUGAACUGGGAUAAUCAGCUCAGCUCUAUUAUAUCAGCAGCUGAUGGAAGUGUUGCUAAAAUGCGGGAACGACUUACCACACAUGGAAGACUUUCCAGAGAAAGAGAAGAUGUGUUUCCAAUGAGAGAGAGGAGUCAUGCUGUGGGUCUGGAACCCUGUGUUCCCCCUCUCCUUCCCCAGGCCUCCCCCGCACUCAGUGGAGCCGUUCAGUGGGCAGACCUGGCAGGUUUGCAGGCCCAGCUCCACAGCCACAGCCAGACUAUAGAAUUUUUAUCAAAGAGCUUGAUGUCUGUAGAGAGAGAAAGAAAUGCUCAGCAAAGACAAAUACAAACAUUACAAGAGGAGAUGAGGAGGCUUGAGGAGAAACUGGAUGACCGGGAGAGGCAGAGAGAGCGAGAGCGUGAGAGAGACCGAGAGGGAGAGAAGGACCCCGGGGUAGAGAGGAGGCUAGAGCAAUGGAAGAGAGAAGUUGGACGAGAAUUGAGCAGCCUCAGAGGCCACAUUGACAGGACAACAUCGCUAGGCAACCAGGAGGAAAGUUUUAGCUCUAAGCUGCGCAGGGAAGAAGUGGAACAGCUUAGAAGAGAAGUGGAUCUGCUUAAAAACAAGCUGAUGAGGCAAGAGGAGGAUAUGUACCAACAGCAGUCGGAGUCGAGAGAAACAAGGAGGCAGUAUGAACGCAGCUGCAAGACAUUGGAGAACCUUACAGAUUCUUACCGCACACACAGUUUUGAACUGGCCAGGAUGGUCUCCCAGUAUCAGCACACACAGCAAGAAGUACGAGAACUCAGGCUCACAGUAUCUGAACUGAAGGAUGAAGUGAGAGGCCUGAUUCUGAGAGACAGACUUUCCACACCUGCAGAAGUGCUGUGCAAACCAGCCCCUUCAGCAUCAGCAGUUGCUGUGGAGACGAGUCCCCCGAGACGAGUGCUGUCAGAUUCGGAAGACGACUUUAGCCCCACCCCUAGUCUUGGGGAGGUUAGCUCAGAUGAUCUGGAUGGGUCCUGGCUUGGAGAAUCAGCUCCCAAACUAAGAAGCGGAAGUGGAAGAGGUGCACGCUUUAGCCUCUCAGGAAGUGACCUCAGUGACGCUGGCAGUGGACUUGGAAGUGGACUUGAGAGCAACCAUGACGACACAGGUGGUGAGGUGGGAGGAGGAUUAGACAGUCCUCCAGACCUCAGUCUCAGUGACCUCUGACAUGAGAAACGGAAAUAAAGCCAUGAGUUUACAGCUAAGAAGGGAAGACAGAUCUUUACUCUUACAUUUUUUGUCUACUUUUUUUGUCUAAGUGUGUAUCUGCGUUACCCAGCAGUAUUUAUCAAAUGGAACGUGCUUUCCACUCUGUGUAAUCGAUCUACUCAGUGGCAUAUUUACGAGCAUCGUGAACGCACUGAGCUUUCUUUGUGCUCCACCUCUUGGAGCUGAAAACAGGGUCCUACUGCUGCCGAGGUCAGCUAGGAGAAAAUGAGCUGAGAACUAGUAUUUGGAGAGAGAUAGAGUGGCACAUACUCCCCAAUUAUGCUCUCUAUCAAUUAACUGUUCACUGUGCUCUUACUAAAAUGAAUAAAGGUGCUUUAGAGUUUGUUCCGUUCAA